AUGUUCAUGCAUUUCGACCCCAAAGCCCAAAGGUCUCUAGGAAAGGAAACCAUGAAUAGGCGGGUGCGGCAAGUUGUCACUGCUCUGAGAGAGCACGGGAGUGUCAGCUGCGCUAAAAUUGCCACAAUUGCAGGGUUUUGCAAUGUUGAGCUUAUCAUUGUGAAGGCAACAACCCCGGAUAGCUUGCCACUGCCUGACAGAUAUGUCCAUGAGCUCUUGAAAAUAUUCUCCAUUUCUCCUAAUAGUUGUCGUGCUUUUUCACUUGGUUUCUCCCGCCGUUUCGGAAAGACUAGAAGCUGGCGAGUUGCACUGAAGUGCUUACUCCUUCUACACCGGCUGCUUAGAUCAUUGCCUGAAGAUAGCCCCUUUCGAUCAGAAAUGCUGUGGAAUCGGUCAUAUGGUUUUAUCUCUUUAUACCCUUGUCGUUUCCAGGAUGCUUCCUCAUCCGCUCCCGAGAGUUACACCACGUUUAUCAGAUCAUAUGCACAUUUGCUAGAGGAGUCUCUUGGUCGCUUCUCGUUUGAUGGUAAUCUAAUUUACAAUGAAGAUUUGGAGAAGACGGAAAGUUUACCAGAAAAAAUGAAAGAAAUUGCAAGGAUGCUUGAGAUUUUGCCACAGCUUCAAAGCCUGAUUGAUCGAGUUAUGGAUUGUAGACCAACCGGGGCUGCGGCCAAGAGCUUUCUGAUCCAGUCAGCAAUGAAAUACAUCAUUCGAGACAGCUUCAUCUGUUACACCAUAUUUAGAAGGGACGUUGUUUUGCUGUUGGACAAUCUCUUUCAAAUGCCAUACAGGAGUUGCAUAGCAGCUUUUGGGAUAUACAAGAAAGCAGCUCUGCAAGCAAACCAGCUGUGGGAGUUCUAUGACUGGUGUAGACUUAUGGGAUUUUGUGGGCGUCAUGAGUAUCCCUUUGUGGAUCGGAUCCCACAGAUACAAAUUCAGGCUCUUGAGACUUUCAUCAACGGAAUGUGGCAGCUAACAUCACCAUCAUCACCGACGACAUCACCAUCAUCAUCAGUUAUGGAUUCGAGGUCAAGUGCAACAGAAGAUGACAGAGACAAACAACUGGUUGUGGUCGGUACUUUUAAGGAUAAAUUCGAGGACAGUUGUCUUCCUGAAAAGUUUGAUGGAGAUGAGGACAGGGAACCAUUGAUUCAGCUAGAUGACGAUGAAACUGAUAGCUGGGAGGAUAUAUUGGAAGCUUCAGUGAAUCUCUCUGGUGUUCAGGGAAACAACUUGCUUUUAUACAAUAAGGGAUUCAACUACAGCAAUGGAAGUGACAAGGAUGAAUGGAAGAUACAAGUGUACAAUCCUAGUGCACCUAAUCCUUUUCAGCAGCCUCCCGGCAUGCAAAUUAGUUAUGCACAAUAUGCAAGCAGCGACCCAAAGUGUCCCUGGCCACUGUGA